UGUGAAACUGCCUUGUAUCAUGAGAAACGCAAUGACUUUGAAUCUUUGUGAAUGUGUUUGCUCUUUGAAAGCAUGGAAAGACUUCAGAUGAGGAAUGUCAUGUAACAGGACUGUUUUAAAUUGGGAGGUCUGGCCCUCUUCUGUGGUACAGAGUUUUCGGCUUUCUCCCUACUUGAUGUGGAGGCAGCUACGGCAUCUUCUCUUGGCCUGUCGGCACGAAGAGGGUUACUUCGCAACAGGAGGUUAUGAAAAUGAGGAUGAGAAUGACAAUACAGAGGACAGAUCAAAGGAUCCCAUUUCCUUUCAGCCCAUGGGAUCAGAGCGGAUGGAGAUGCGAAAGAGACAGAUGUCGGUGCAGCAGGAGUUGGUGGCGGGGACUACAGCACCGACACAGAACGAGCAACCCAGCCAGGGGAACCGUGGCUCCAAUGCCUGCUGCUUCUGUUGGUGCUGUUGCUGUAGCUGCUCUUGGUGUCUUGGAAUCAUGAUGCGUUUACUACCCUGCAGUCUCACUGUUAGGAAUGAAGACAGAGAUGAGAGGAACCGAAGAGCCUCAUAUGAUUUUAAAGCAGAGGGGAAUGCAGACUUUGAGGAGAGUCCAAAACCCACUGCGGAUGAGGUGUGUGCAUGGGGGGAAUCCUUCGACAAGCUAAUGCUCUGCCCUGUUGGAAGAAGUGCCUUCCGGCAGUUUCUUCGCACUGAGUUCAGUGAGGAAAACAUGCUCUUUUGGUUGGCUUGUGAUGAAUUUGCUAAGGAAACCAAUAAGAGCAUCAUUGAGGAGAAGGCGCGGGUUAUAUAUGAAGACUACAUCUCUAUUCUCUCUCCCAAAGAGGUGAGCCUUGACUCCAGAGUUCGGGAGGUUAUAAACAGGAACAUGCUAGAGCCAACAUCCCACACAUUUGAUGACGCCCAGCUCCAGAUAUACACGCUAAUGCAAAGAGACUCAUAUCCACGAUUCAUGAACUCCCAGGUCUACAAAACCCUGCUUAAGACAGUCUCCGAGCAGUCGGUGGAAUCUUAGAUCUUUGUGAUCCUGGUUGAAUUUCCCCUCCCUAUCUUUUAUUUUACCUUUCCUUGUGUAUGUUUAAAAGGACCUAAGAAUAGGUCCUCCCAGGGAUUUUACUGCUAUAGGGAUCUGUACCUGACAAAAAAACACUCAGGUCUCCACGUCACUGGAUUAAAAAAAAAAAGUCUCAAAUCUCCUGAGGGCUCCACAACACAAGUACUGCUACAGAUCAGCAUAGCAAGAUGCUCCAAAGGAUUAUCAGUGCAUUUUGAGGUUUUUAAGAAAAUAAUAUAUUUUAUUUGUGUUGAAGUUUUUAUUGUUUCUAACAAUUUGUUUUUUUAUUUAUGUUUGAAUGAAGAUGUGAUACCAAUUGUGGGCUAUAUACAGUAUAUACAGUGAUAUAUUUAUGAAUUUGUAUUACAUUUCUUCAACCAUUUUCUUGUGUUACAAUGUUAAAAGAAAAGGGAAUUAUGGGUAACCAGUAUUGCCCAUUUCUGAAUAGUGCAUAUGAGAAUCAAAGCUCAAAUCAAGGCAAGAAUUCAGUUGUACCCAGGGGACCCUCUGUGGUACACAGUAUUAUUAUUCAGUAUUAUUAUUCAGUAUACUCCCAGUUAUAAUGACUUGGCAUCUCCAAUGGAAAGAUUACAAUUAUCUGCCAUUGCACUUUGACGUCAGUAUUAAAGGCAGAGACUGAAGUAGGGGAAAAAUAUUAAAAUAACAAAGGACAAAACUUAAAGACAAAAUGCAUAAAAAAGUAAUGUCACAAUGGAUGAUUUUGUCACCAAAUUUAAAUGGAUGAAAAUGGAAAUGAAACCAGCUUUUAAUAUCAGAUAACGUAUCUCAAAAGGCAUAGUGAAAUUAGUUUCCCUUGCUUUUGUAUUCCACAAGAAAAUAUUAAGAAUUUAAAGAAAUAUCCUCCAUCAAUAAGUGUUUUUGUAUUAUUAUUAUUAUUCUGUAUCAUAGCAUUAAAUUAUUCCUAUGCUGCACACAGAAUGAGCAGCUAAGCGAUGGUUGGACAUGCCUAUUCCUCAUCCCAAAGAUAAUAUAAAGACAGAAAGUCUAAUCUCUUUUGUGUACAGUAUGUUGAGGUAGUAAUAUUUUCACGAAUUACCUCUAAUGACUUUGAGAGGAAUAUAACAGAUUUAGCAUGCAGUAUUUUUACUACAGUAUCAAAUGUAUUUACGAUUUAAACAUCUCCCAUUUCUACAGUAUAUAUAGAUCUGAAUGGAAAAGUACAGGCUUUAUUGACAGGACCCUCAUAAGUAGAUGACACCAAAGUAGCCAAGUCAAGUAAAACUGUGUAAAUUAGCGAAGUGGAGCUGCCAAGUUCUUCUGUAUUUUUAGUUCUGUGAAUUACUUUGCUGCCUGACUUUCAUGUCGCUCAAAGACAAGAUCCUCACGUGGGGAAGUGCCUUGACAUUACAUUUUGUGACAUCUCUUUUUUGGCAAUAGUUAAUUUAAACUCUUGCCACAUAUGUAGACUCUGGGCCUUUGAUCAAUUCAUGAGAUGACUUGUCCUGCACAGUAACUUCUGAAUUGAAAUAUUGCACUUCAUUUGCCUCUAGUUUUGAAGUGGAAACAAACACCAUCAGUUUUUUCAAGUGCUAAAGUCAUUAUAUUUAAGGAAUGAGGUUUGUUCGUCAGGUAGAGAUGAGGACAAUUAAUUAAGAUUGUUGAUCAAAGUCCAAACACAUAUCUACCAACAUGUAUUUCAUGGUGGUGCUUUUACUUGUCUUAGACUAAAUUAAUAUGUGCAAUUGACGUGCAAUUUCAGCUGAUGGAUUCACCAUAUAGAUCAACCUCAAAUAUAAUCUAAGCCAAUGGUUUGGCAUUAUACUGCCUAUAAUUUUUUUCUUUCACUCUUUUUGUUGUUGUUCUGUAAAGUAUUAAAAAAAGUGUUAUUUUCCAAUCAUUUUACAUACAAAUUAUAAAACAUUUUUGAUUAAUAAUACAUGAAUGUUUACAGUAAUCAAAUUAGUUUUUUUCCUGUUUAAUUGAAUUGAGAAAUCUUUUUAUUUGUGGGCAUUUUGGAAUCUUUAAGAUACA